UUCCGGACAUUGACCUAUUAACCGCCACUACUGAAGCCUAUCUAGUAUUGCUAUCUAAAAGUCGCACAGAAAAACAGGGUACUCAGGUCAUCGAGGAUGCAGGUGAAAGACAACAUUCAGGGAUCACGUGUUUGUCGUGUGUUCUGCACGGAAGGACAUUUUUUACAGACCAGUCACCGCUUUUCAUCAGAAAAGUGAAAAAUGUUCUUUAAAAUCAGAAAAUGUGAUAACUACCGAAGCUAAUUUUAGUGACAGUGGAUUUAUCUUGAUUCUGAGUGUUGAAUGCGUUAAUAGCACGUAGUUCUUUGUGUUACUGUAAUUUGGAUGGAUUUAAUGGACCAAAAUACCUCCAGCCCUAUCUGGAACUGAUAGCUGAGUCGGCAACCAGCCAGCAGGCCAGCCAUACACCACCGUAGUCGCUCUGUGCAUCGCGGUCACCUGUGUUGACAUGGGAAACUUUGUGAUGACCGGCCUUAUCUUAAUUAUUUUAUUCAGCAUAUUUGUAUACGGUUUAUACUAAAGAGAAGAAGGGGUUUGAGUAAUGUGAGUCACCUUCCAGCUGAACCAAACGACUCUUCCGCAUAAUAGAACUUUUCUUAAACUUGGGGUAAUCGAAGCGAUUAACUUCGCGGGAACAGCCUUGCUAAACAGGAUCCAUCACCUUACUGCAACUCAAGUUCAGUGGAGGAGAGGGGGGACGAGCAGUGAACCUGUCACCUUGCGGCAACCGAGGUUUUUACAUCACAACCUUUCGUCCUGUCAGUCACACAACCUACUGUAAAAGAAAGCCAUUACUGUCAGCAUGGCGGACAGCUUCUUGGCAAUCGUUAACACGAUCAUCAACGCGGCCAGCAACAACACGGCGCUUUCUGAAGAAUGCGACAGCAAGAUCAAUCACUAUUUGUUCUAUCAGCUUAGCCUCAUUCCAGCGUUCAUCAUUUGCCUCUCUUUCGCCCUCACUAAAAGGCGGAGGAAGCUGCUACUUUCAGUUUUGAGAGGACGACCCGGUCUUAUCUUUCCCAUGGACACCUUGACUCGGUCUUCAAGAAUUUCCUUCGCAUGCGCCUUCGGAGCUACAACAUUCCUGGUGUAUCAGAUUGUACUAGAAGGAGCUCUGGCCAUUGAUGUCCAGGGAUCCAGGGCUGCUCGAUCCUUUUUAGCCAUCGUGUCUGUGUUUAUCUAUGGAAUGGUCUUCUGCCCCGUCUUCACCUGCCUGGCCAUGGGAUCCGUGUUCGGCUACGGGCUGGGCGCACUGUAUGUGUGGAUGCUGACAGGUGUGCAAAUCUACAAGCUGACCGAGUGCCAGUCAUCAGCGAAAGGAAGAGCAUUUUUAGUGCUUCGAAGCCUUCCCAGUCUUCUUUGCCUGGUGUAUCUCAGUGUGUCGAUUCCCGCCCGACUUCUGCAAUCUUAUCGUAAGGGCUGGAUCCUCCAGUGGAAAUACGAAGCGGACAGAUUCACCGAUUCGCUGGAUGUUAUUCGAAAUCAUUCUACUGGACAGUACGUGUCCAAACUUUUCCGGAAGCCAAAGGUCAAAAAGUCAGUGGAAGGGUCAAAGCUGAUCACUGUCAAGGCUUUCCUCAUACGGCUAGUCUACCGUUUUCUUUACCACAGCAAAAAAGGUUUUCGCUACCCAUCACGGAUUCUUUCUGUUAUGUUGGUAGGGACCAUGGUAAUAUACACAAUUGCUUUUGAGGUACUGGUUAUCGCUCCUGCAUUAUUGGACUUCUGCAGACAUCAGCCUGCAGUCAUCAGAGCCGAUCCCAACGCAACCGACACUUCUGGAGACUUCGUCUGCAACAUCUCAAACGUGCUUAGAACGUGUGUGAUCACUGGUGUAGUGCUCGCAACACUCGUCUCUCUGCUAAAUGUUCUCCACAUGCUGUCCAGCUACAGAAGAAACAUACUUGCUUUAUACAGAGGAGACCAUUCUCAUAUUCCACCUGCUUCAGUGGACAGCAACGUGAGCCACUGUAUAAACAGCAUCAAAUUCGGAGGAUUUCAAGUUGGUUACAUGGUGUGGGGGUUCGUCAUUCAAAGCGUGAUCCUGACAUUAAUCUGCGUUAUUCUCGCCAUCUUCGUGCUUCUCAUCGCCGCGGACGUCACUGCAUGGGUCAUCGCGAUUCUCGAGUACAUCUGGCCAAUCGUUGUGAUCUUCAUCGUCAUCCUCGUCGUACAGAAGCUGCUGGCUAAGUUCGUCUUCCUGCAGGAUAGCGGUGCUUACCUGGCGCUAGAUAACAGAUCGAUCUUCUUCAACUUUACUUAUUUCAUGUUUUUCUAUAACAUCUUCCUGGGAGUUGCCUCUUGCCUUCUGCGCAUCCUCAAGGCAAUUGCUAUUGGAAUCUUCUUCCUUAGUCGUCUCGAUAACAGCACGCUGUCUAGGAGAUUCGAAUUCUUUGACCCAGGUUUCACCGCCUACGUGGGGUACAUGCAAAUGGAGUACGCCCAUUCGCACCCAGUGGUGAUCGUCUUCACCCGACUCGUCCUCCACAUGUGGAAGGAGGCCAGGAAGAGGCAGAACGAGGACUCCAUUCCUGCCUUCACCGUAAACGACAGUGAUUGUGAGCAGAAAGUGGUAGACGCCGAAACUCCACCCGAUAACCAACAAGAGGAUUCAUUCAGUCGACGUCGCAUGAAGGCGCGCAGCAACUGGCACGUGUCCUACACUCUGCUGCACAACCCGGACCUGCGCGUCUUGCGAAAGGGUUUUGUGCAGCUGCUCCGUCAGGCGCGCGAGCUGGGAGUGCGCGUGCCCAUCUCCGACAACCAGGCCAACAUCGACACGCACACACUAGCAGAGCAGAUCCAGAGGGCCAAGGAAGAUUCCAGAGUGAAGUUAAGGAAGGGAGGAGAAGACGAACCUGAUGUGACAGCCAGCCAAAGUGACAGAACGCUGGUGAACAGGAAGAAUGAAUAUUCAAAGGUGUGACUGUAAUCAAUAGGUUCAACGUCAGCAUCACCUUACCUCGGUUCCAAAAUGAAAAGCCAACAAUGGCGUGGUCUGCGAUAGAACAAAGAAAUGUUGCAUUUUUUACUUGUGCAUUGGGGAGGGCAGUUUGAAACUGCGGGUGGUUGGCGGCGAAAAGCGCCUGACAGUGUGAUUCGGGUGUCGUGGAUUCGGACACAUCUCUUUAAAUGUGAUAUAUUGAUAUAUUAUGAGGUUUGAUAUAUUGUGAUGAUUGAUAUAUUAUAUGAGGUUUCAUCUGUGUGUGUGUGUGUGUGUGACAGAAAGAAAAAGAGAGAAACAUGUUCAUGUACCAUCCUGAUGUCUAUAUCAUUGACCUCUUUCUGUGCAUGGUGAUAUUUAUACGUGUGAUGAACAGCUCUUGUACAGUCACCAAGAUUUAGGAAGAUAGUAAUUUACAUUGAGUCAUUUACACAAGAACUCGAAAAUUUAGUGGAAAGGUAUGAAAUAUACGUUUCAAUGAUGUUCAGAAUGGCUACACAAGGUAUUUUGAAUUUUAUUCGUCAAACAAUUCAGUAUACCAGUAUUCACCAUUUUCAUCUAGUCAUAUUUGUGUGUCCGUGAGCAUGGGUUUUCAUGUUAAGUACCCAUGCCGAUGUAUUCAAAUACAACAUCAUUAUUUCUAAUCAAACUAUUGAUGUCAUGUAUAAGAAAACACUAAAAUUGACCACACACAUUCCUUGUUCACAAGACAAAAUAUAUAUCUUGGUUUCUUCAGCUUUGUUUGUGCCUCGCAUGUUUGGUACAGACGAUUAUCUGCAUUUAGAGUUGCGGUCAUCUGGCAUCUAAUUUGUAGAAUGCAUAUGCGUUUAAUAUUCUUGUAUGCAGCUCAAGUUGAAGGACCAUCACAGUUAUGCAAAGAAAUCAAUGGAUCAUUCUCAUAUCAUCUGUCAUGUUAAGAAUCUUUACUUGUUAAUUUUUUCAUUAUGGCUUAAUUAAUAUAGCUUUCCACAUAGCUUUCAUCAAUUUUUUAAAGCAAAUUUUACGAAAAAGAAGUAUCUCAGAGGUGAUAUACACCUAUUAUUUUAUUUUUAAUUAUUGCUUUUGUUGGAGUACUUGAGCAAAUUGUGUUCUAAGGGAGACUACUCUUCUUCUCGAAUGUUGCAGCUGUCCUUUGCGACAAAAAUUAGUGGUCAAAGCAUGGUCCUGAUUUGCAUAAAGUACAUAAAUACACACAAUUUUAAGCAUGCGAUUUAUUUGAAACUGACAAUUUUUUUAACAACACAAGCAUUGAAAGCUAGAUGGGUGACUCUUCAUAGACUGAACUAUUUUCAAGUGCGUAACUAAAAACACAUUUUAAGUUUAUACUCUCUACUGUACAAUGAUCACAGCAUAUGAAUGAAAUAACCUCUUACAUAAUUAGAAUCUGGGAACCAUGCAUAACAACCAUAACAAGUUCUGAGAGGGUAACAAAGCACAUUUAUCUACUGACAUUUUUUUUAACAGCAACAUUUCUGAAGUAUGAGUGAAGUACAUCAGUGUCAGUAUGAAUGUGUAUGUGUAUAUGCACAUGAAUUUUUUAAUACAUUUAAAUAUGUAUCUAAGCAUAUGUACAUUUUGGAUGUACAGAUGUAUAAGAUGUAUACAUUGAUAAUGUAGUCAUGUCAGAUGUCAAGUGAUAAACAAUGCUCACAACUGGAGCUGAAAAUUAAAAUAAAAAAUCCUAUUUAACACUUACAUUCAUUGUGUACUUAAUGUUAUCCUAAUAGUGGUACAAAAAAUGCAGUAAAUAGUCCAAGUCCAGUGUGUUAUAAAAAUGCAGAAUUUACUGCCAACACCACUUAACUUUUAUAAGAUCUGUUUUCAGAAUAUUCUGAUUGAUCCCAACACCCUUUUGUUUAAGCUGUUUCAAGAACAAGAAAAAUUCAAAUGUGCAUAUUAUUAAAGUUUUUGGAUGAACACUAAAUAUGAGUACAUUUUGUAAAGAAUCAUACUGAAGUGUAAAUGUUAUGUCUCAAUAUAUGUGCUGCAAAUUG